UCACAGAACACCAUUCUGCCUUGCCAAGAUCAGUAUUUUGUAGGAGGCCAGAGUUAUAAUUGCCCGUAUUCCACUGCAACGUCAGAAUCUAGUGUUGAUGUUUCCAAGGAGACUUGGGUCUCUUUCUGGGCUGCUGGUCUCCUGGACAACGCUGAGACCCAACAAGCACCACAGACACAGGAAGCAUCCUGUGACUUAAAUGUCCCUGUUCUGGACUCAUGUUCAUGGGAAGAGGCUCAGCUCUCCUCCCAGCUCUACAGAAAUAAGCAGCUCCAGGACACUCUAGUACAGAAGGAGGAAGAACUUGCUAGGCUACAUGAAGAGAAUAAUCACCUCAGACAAUACCUGAAUUCUACUUUGGUUAAAUGUCUGGAAGGAAAGGCCAAGAAAUUGCUGUCAUCAGAUGAGUUUUCCAAAGUGUGUGGAAAACUCAGAAAAGAGAAGAGGAAACCCAAAGAGCACAGACAUCCACCUGCUGAGAUACCCCAGUCCAAAACUGCCAAGAGAAACCUCUCCACAGAGUUUUCUAACUGUGAAGAACAACCUGGGCCCUGUGUGGACCCCUGGGUUCUUCAAACCCUUGGGUUGAAAGACCUAAACACCAUUGAUGACACCCUACCAGCUAACUACAGUGCCUUUGCCUCUCAUCCCAGAACAGUGCCCAGUACAUCCUCCCAAUUUCUACAUGAUGCAGUUGGCUAUGCAACUGUUCCUAGAGAUCUACACCUUGACUAUAGAGGGGACAGAACACAUGCCCCCCACGUCACUGCCAUCCACCAGGAAGACUGCCACUGUUUUCCUACGCUUUCCAACCCUCCAGGAGGGGUGCAAACUCUUCCUUACCACAGUGUAGAUGUGUCACCCAACAAGACAGAGGUGGCCUUCUCCACAUCUCUGAGCCCUCACUGCAAUGUGAAAACUCACUCUUUCCAUCAGGGACAAGCCUUUGUGCGUCGAGAUGAGGAGGGUGGCUGGAAGUUUACCUGGGUCCCUAAGCAGCCUUAGUGACCCCUCUUCUACCACAGCGUACUGCCAGGACCUCUGUUUACAAAGAUGUCUUUCACACGGUCUUGACCACCCAGAACACAGCAGCUGCCUGCCUCCUGCCACUGCCAGUGUUCCUUUCGGUGACACACUCAAAUCUGUAGGGCAUGGUUGUCAUGACAACACACUGAUAGGCAUCUGCUCUUCUUUAACUCAUGAUUGACUCGUUUACAUGUCCAUCCAUGCAGUUGACUUCCUCCCUUUGCCCGACACCUGGAAAUGCAUUUUCUAAUCACAUGGGUUUUUCAAGACCAGAAAGUACUUUUCCAGUUAUGGCCAGUUUAACAGCAUAUCCUUUUUGGUCAAAUGGUCUACAUGUUGCUUCUAUGACUCCUCUGCUUGUCUUUAUUUCUGAAAACUACUUUUAGAAUGAGCACUAUUUCUACUUCGCAUACUUACUCCUAAAUGGUCACAGACUGGGGGUGUGCCCAUUGGCACUAGUGAAGACACACUACCAAUGCGAGUAAACUUAUGCCCAGGGAAGAUCAAAUAAUUGUUUCAUGCGAUGUCCUCGAAGUGUCUUUUCAACAAUGUUAAUCUCACUGAUAAGCAAUACCAAUGACAUACUGUAGCAGUCAAAAGAAUUACUGCUACUUUAAAGUACCAUGUGGUAUAAGUAUCUCUAUUGGCACCUGGCAUUUUCAUUCAAACUUUUUUUUGAAGGACUUAAUUUAAAAGUGUGUGUGGGGGGGGGGGGAUUCCUUAACUACACAGACCCUGACAACCCUGUCAUUGGAAGAGUAGUCUAGCUUGCCUUUGCAAUUGCCUUAUCCUUUUUUAGCCUUCAUUCAGCAAUUCCCUCAAAAAUAUUUAUAGGAUACUUAGUAUCCAUGUUGGACAACACACUGUGACAUGUGGUGAGUCCUAGACUCCUGCAUGGGUUAACCUUGAAAAAGCUACUUCAUUUGUGUGAAGGUUUAGUUUCCCCGACUCUAGAAUAUACAAGUUAGAUUAGGCAAUCACUAACAUUCUGAGCUGAGUGUGAGUUCUAUCAGCUUUAGUCCAAGAUGACAUCCCAGCCUAUUCUUCCCUUUUUGAUAAGUGAUGCAGAUAGUGUACAGGGUGAACCUUACUUACAUACAAUCAAAACAAGGAUGAUAACUAUAAGCAAUAUAUAUUUACCAUUACAAAUUCUGUUCUGAUCACAAUAUUCUUCAGUGUAAGCCAGUUUUGCAUGGGAGAGUCAUUUGCAUCUACCAAUAGAGACAUGUUAAUUUUCAAACUGUGCAUUGCUUAAAUGCAAAUGCCCUCAUCACGGAUUUAUCCUUUUCUAGAUUAAAGACAUGUUCACAAGAGUUUAUUUCCUUUCCACCCUGUUCUUCUCAGAAUUAAGCACAUAUCACGGACAUGCACCUGUGCUGUCUGCACGUGGCCCCUUGCUAUUUCUCUCUCUCUCCCCAUUCCAUCUCAGUCACUCACUUCACAGAAUUUUUGUCUGACAUGUGUACUGUCUUUAAUUCUUUGUAACAAAGAUGUUCCUUUGGUUUUUGUUCUUUGUUCGCUGAUUUAGUUUGAUCAUCAAAUCAAAGAAUCUAUGCUAUAAUCUUUAUUGCUAAUCAGUUUUGCUUAUUAUCCAUGAAGGAGCUAAUAGUAUUCACUAGAGUGUUUUUAUAACUUAUGGAGCCAUAGAACUUUUGACAGCUUUCUUUUCAAAGGACUGCCUUUUACUUUCUGGUAUUCAUAUGAAAGCUCUGGUGGGUGACAUCAAUCUCAUUAUAGGAUAGCAAACUGAGCAUUAGAAUUGAUUGUAUGUUACUCCGCUAGGAACUGAGUAAACAAUGCAAUUAUUUUGAAAGUCAAAUAAACAGAAAAACAAAAUUAGCUACCAGGUAUUUAUGCUGCAUUGUUUCAGUGCUGUAUCAUGUGAUGCACACCAUGAGGAAAUGCCCAAGUUCAGCACAGUACAUUUGGUGCACAAAGAACAGCCACAUACAUAUCACAGCUUUUGAGAUUGUUUCAAAGCAACUUGGUCUCAGCCUGGUUUAUGGAAAUUACAUUCCAUUUAUAACUCAUUUGGACUUAUAUUGUAAAAGGCAGUAUCUGAGAAUUAGCGUAUAUUUUUGCAAUCAUAUGUUGAAAUUGCUGAUCUAUUUUGAGUUAGAUAAAGAAUAUCAUUUUGUCGAUAUUUAAGAAAUUUGAAAUUUCAUUAUUUGAGUGCAUGUUCUGACUUCUAUGGCUUGGUCUUUUCUCUCCAGGGAACCAGUUAAUAUUCUACAAGAUAAAGUGACAAACAAAAGCUCUGUCCUUUUUUGAAUGUGAUGAGAACUUUCAUAUGAUGCAAAUGAUUUGCAACAACAGAUUUUUCUCCUGCUAAGUUGUGACUAUAUUUCUCUUUAUUUUCACUAAUUUUAGAAUACAUUUAUAGCUGGACUAGUAUCAUUGUUAUUUAUGGUUACUGGCUGCCUCCUUUUUCCAGGUAAUAAAUGAGGCUUUUGAAUAAUCUAUGGCCUAAAGAAUCAAAUGCCUUAUGGAUACAAAAGUCUUGAACCUAACCUCAUAUGAGAAUUUGUAUCUAAUGUUGAUUGUUAAUUAUAUUCUGAAUUUCUCUCUCUUUAAUAAUAAUAUAUUAACUAUUUGAAAAUUGUAUACAAUGUAUUUUAAUCAUAUUCACCAACACCCCCAAUUCCUUCUAGAUUCACCCUAUCUACCCUCAACUCCCUCCCCACCCCAACUUCUUUGUUUUUGGUUAUUUAUGAAUAAACCUAAUAGGUGUAGUUCUUAAACUACAAAUACAUGGCAUAGUUAUGUUUUUAAAUGUUUUAUGUCUACAUUUAUUAAGAUGAACAUAAGCAUCUAGUUUUAAUUCUUACACAGAAUAUCUACAAAUGUCAAGCACAAUUUACCACUUGCAUUUUAAAUGCUAUGAUUUAUUUGUGAUUGGAACUCUUUAU